GGCGACAAAGAAAUGGAGCUCAAAACUGACCUGAGCGUCGGUCGCAAUCGAAAGAGCUCGUCUGAGUGGUGGAAUCCGAAAUACCAGGGGUUCAACUGCAUUGCGCCUUCCUUCCCCUCGCCUUGGCUGAGCUCCUUCGCAGACUUCAACCUGACUUUCAUCGGUGGCUUGUCUGUAAAUCCUUGAAUUAGCAAGAAGCCCCCCGAGAUAUGCAUGCAAGCUUAUCAUCGCCGAGGUUGUCGCGCGACUCUCGUGUGUCAUGCCGAAGAGAGCUCAAUCUACCGAGAGGGGUUUGGCGAUCAUGGACUGAUGGAUGUCUUGGAAACGUGAAAGUCAGAUGACUGAACUAUCGUAUCUGGUCUUGGAGCUUCGCAACGACCCUCAAUCAUCAAUUCGUCUUGUACAUAGUCGUUCUUCAAAGACGACGGCUUGAUACAAUUCAGCAUGGCUUUGCCUGGAAGCUUAACGGCAGCGGCGGACUACCACUCAGGACAGUCGACUGACCUUGAUAUCUGCAACCCAAAGGUUGUGCACCGC